GCCCCGCCCGGUCCGGUACACCUGGCCCGCAGGUAGCCGGCGCCCUGGUGCCUCUCGGAGCCUGGAAGGGCCUGGUGACCGCUCCUCCGCCCGCGGCUCAGGGACUGGCCACUCCGCUCCGGGAGGGGCGCCAGAGGGAGCCAUGGACCCGGGCGCGGGGGCCGCGGCCGCGGAGGGGCCGCCCGCGCCCCGGCCCAGACGCCGCCGCUCCCUGCGCCGCCUCUUCAGCCGCUUCCUGCUGGCGCUGGGCAGCCGCUCCCGCCCCGGGGACUCACCGUCCCGGCCCCGGUCCCAGCCUCCUCCGGGACACGACGAUGGCGACGGGGAAGGGGGCUUCGCGAGCGCCCCAGGAGCGGAUCCAGCCGCGCACGGAAGCCCCGGGGAGGAGCGCCCGCCGCGACCCCAGCCCCAGCUUCCCGCCGGCGAUGGGGCGCCCCCGGGAGCGCAGGGCUUGAAGAACCACGGCAACACCUGUUUCAUGAACGCCGUGGUGCAGUGUCUCAGCAAUACCGACCUGCUGGCCGAGUUCCUGGCGCUGGGGCGCUACCGGGCGGCGCCGGGCCGCGCCGAGGUCACCGAGCAGCUGGCGGCGCUGGUGCGCGCGCUCUGGACGCGCGAAUACACGCCCCAACUUUCAGCCGAGUUCAAGAAUGCUGUCUCCAAGUACGGCUCUCAGUUCCAAGGCAACUCUCAGCACGACGCCCUGGAGUUCCUGCUCUGGCUGCUGGACCGUGUGCACGAGGACUUGGAGGGCUCGGCCCGGGGCCCGGCCAACGACAAGCUUCUCCCCGAAGCCAGGAAGACCUCUGAGAACCCCCCGUCGCCAUCAGCUCAGCUCUCGCUAGGCCAAAGCUUUGUCCAAAGCCACUUCCAAGCACAAUAUAGAUCUUCCUUGACCUGCCCCCACUGCCUGAAACAGAGCAACACCUUCGACCCUUUCCUGUGUGUGUCGCUGCCGAUCCCCUUGCGCCAGACGAGAUUCUUGAGCGUCACCUUGGUCUUCCUCUCUCAGAGCCAGCGGUUCCUGCGGGUUGGCCUGGCUGUGCCCAUCCUCAGCACGGUGGCAGCCCUGAGGAAGAUGGUCGCAGAGGAAGGCGGCAUUCCUGCGGCUGAGGUGAUCUUGGUUGAACUGUAUCCCAAUGGGCUGCAGCGGUCUUUCUUUGAUGAAGAGGACCUGAAUACUAUUGCAGAAGGAGAUAAUGUGUAUGCCUUCCAAGCCCCUCCAUCACCUGGCCAGGAGAUGCUCUCAGCUUGUCCACCUGGCCUGCCCGUCUCCCCGCGCUUGGCUGCCCGCGAGGGUCAGAGACUAUCUCGGCCCGUCCUCGGCGAGAACAAGGUGCUAAUCCUUUUCUGUAACUUGGUGGGCUCAGGGCAGCAGGCCAGCAGAUUUGGGCCACCUUUCCUGAUAAGAGAGGACAGGGCCAUCUCGUGGGCCCAGCUCCAGCAGUCCAUUCUCAACAAGGUCCGGUAUCUCAUGAAGGGCGAGGCGCCCGUACAGAACCCGGGGUCGCUGUUCUCCAUCCGGGUUGUGGGGCUCUCCCUGGCCUGCAGCUACUUGUCCCCACAGGACAGUCGGCCCCUCUGCCACUGGGCAGUUGACAGGGCUCUGCACCUCAGGAGGCCGGGAGGCCCCUCGCACGUCAAACUGGCCGUGGAGUGGGACAGCGGCACCCAGGAGCGCCUGUUCGGGAGCGUCCAGGAGGAGCGGGUCCAAGACGCGGACAGCGUGUGGCAGCAGCAGCAGGCGCACCAGCAGCACAGCUGCACCCUGGACGAGUGUUUCCAGUUCUACACGAAGGAGGAGCAGCUGGCCCAGGAUGACGCGUGGAGGUGCCCGCACUGCCAGGCCCUCCAGCAGGGCGUGGUGAAGCUGAGCUUGUGGACGCUGCCCGACAUCCUCAUCAUCCACCUCAAAAGGUUCUGUCAGGUGGGCGAGAGGAGAAACAAGCUCUCCACGCUGGUGAAGUUCCCGCUCUCCGGGCUCGACAUGGCUCCCCACGUGGCCCAGAGAAGCACCGGCCCCAAGGGCGCGCCGGGCCCCUGGCCCUCCUGGAAGCAGCCGGCCUGCCUGCCCACCAGCUACCCGCCGGACUUCCUGUACGACCUGUACGCCGUCUGCAACCACCAGGGCAGUUUGCAAGGUGGGCAUUACACAGCCUACUGCCGGAACUCUCUGGACGGCCAGUGGUACAGUUACGAUGACAGCACAGUGGAACCGCUUCUAGAAGAUGAGGUCAAUACGCGAGGGGCUUAUAUCCUGUUUUAUCAGAAGAGAAACAGCAUUCCUCCCUGGUCAGCCAGCAGCUCCAUGAGAGGUUCCACCAGCUCCUCCUUGUCUGACCACUGGCUCCUCCGGCUUGGGAGCAAUGAUGGCAGCACGAGGGGCAGCCUGUUGUCCUGGAGCUCUGCCCCCGGCCCCGCCCUGCCCCGCGGACCUGAGCCCGCCUUCGCCACCAGCAGCCUGCCCCGGCAGGAAAAGGGAGGCUCGGAGUCCAGGCCUCUGGCCCGGGGUGUGCAAGGCCGAAGCAUCAGCAUGAAGGGCCGUGCCCCUCCCCGAGCCAAGCAGGGGGCCUUCAAGACCAUGCCCCUUCGGUGGUCUUUUGGGACCCGGGAGAAACCCCUGGGUGCAUCUGUCGAGCUGGUGGAAUACUUAGAGUCCAGAAGGAGACCUCGAUCCACGAGCCAGUCCAUCGUGCCGCUGCUGACCGCGGCGGCCGGCGGGGACGAGAAGUCCAAUGCCACCCUUUCCGCCGCGAGUGUCGAUGGAGGGCCCACCGGUGACAGAGUGCUGGCUGGAGCGCCCUGCCCCUCGGGACACCCCAGCCACUGUGCCGUCCCGGUCAACUCGGAUGGGCCAGAUGCAGCCAGGAAACUCAAGGAAAAUGCAAGUCAGGAUAUCAGGCUGCCCAGGCAGUUUGACCUGCCCCUCCCGGUGAUGUCCUCAGCGGAGAACGGGAGACGAGCCCGGCCGGGGGACAGCAGCCAAGCACCGUCCCCCAAGGAUGCUCCGAGCACUGCGGCGCUAUCUAGAAACAGUGCCGGUGGUGGCAGAAAUACUUUGGACAAGAUGAGGGCGGGUGCGGAGAGAAAGGACUCCGAGGCAGACAGGUUCCCGCAGGGGACCCUCACCCUCCUGAGGUCCGUGUUCUGGAAGAAGGAGAACAGGAAGAGCGACAGGGAGGAGGCGGCCCCCCCGGCGGCCCCCGGCUCCCUAGGGAACGGCAGGCUGAGCCCCGCUGUGGGUGAGCAGGCCCGAGGCUCCCCUCCAUCUCUCAGGAUCCGAGAGAGCCUGGCCAGGGGUCCAGCAGGCCCCCUGGAAAGGGAUGUCCGGUCAGCCCCCAGCUCUCUGCACCUCCCUCGCAAGGCUGGCAGGCCCCCGCGGGCCAGUGCCCUGGGCACAUCACAGAGGAUUGCUCCCGGAGAACAGACUUCUUUGGGCGCCUUGCCAAAGGUGAAGUACCACACGCUCUCCUUACGUCGGAAGAAAACGUUGCCCGAGUCCAGCCUCUGAUGGUGGGUGUGUCCCGGUGAUGUGUGGACCUGGCCUAUUCUCUCGACUCUGCACUGAGCACCUACCUGUGUUGGUAAUGAGACUUGGGGGAGCCAGUUGUCUUGUGACCUCUGAAAAUAGUAAGAAUUAAAAAAAAAAAAUUCUUUGGUUUCUGCAUCUAGAUUUCCACCACCGAACUUCCAAAAAUACCUACCUGUAUUGUUGGCUGCUUUUAUACUUCAAGACCACCAGAGGGCACUGGUGGGUCAGCAUAAUCAUUUCAGGGCAAGAAAUGCUGUUUUGUUCAAACAGUUCCCGGGUCUAAGUAUUUGUACUAAGGGUGAAUGGAUGGGGGCAAAACAUAGAGCGUAACUCUGUGAAGAAGGCUAAUGAAUAAGAAUCUUCAGUAUCAAAUAAAAUACUGUCAUUGGCUUCCCCUAUUUAGUUAUUAUUUUUUUCAAUAGUGGACUUAAAGGGAAAAUCUUCUUUUCCUCUUCAUAUUUCUCUGGGACAAAGCAUGAAGGAUGCAAAGAAAGGUGGUAGUGACAGUAAAGCAGGAUUCUAAAAGAACUGAGAUAGCAAGAGAAAUGACAGAUUUUAGGAGAGUAUUUAAUAUGUAACACAGGGAGUUCCCGUCGUGGCGCAGUGAUUAACGAAUCCGACUA